ACAGCGCUGGACCCAGGGCUGGACUGCCCGUUCUCUGUGACGCCAUCCAGUGGGACUGUUGACGUCGGCGGGAGCGUCCAGGUGACUGUGGAUUUCCACCCUAUGACAGUAGGGGUCCACAGCCAGCCGCUGGUCCUGCACUACCACACCGGUGAAGAUGUGCACAUCAGCUUGCAAGGUGUUUGUGAAGAACUGGACAUCCGCCUUGAGGCAGACUCUGUCCUUUUGACAAAGACCUACAUGUCCUUGGCCAGCCAUCGCACAGUGUCCCUCACCUACAGGAGUGAGAUCCCUCUGAAGUACUUCUGGACCACGUGGCCCAGCCUGCAAGAGGAGGCCCUGAGCUUAUUGAGCGAGAGCUCGGGGCUGGCACAGGAGGAGUUUGAGAGGAAGCGGCUGCUCGCUCAAUGCAAAGCACAUCCCACAGUGAUACAUCGCCUUCCGCUGCUGUCCAGAGCCCUGCAGGAGCGCAGAAGCCAGACAGUGAGGGACCACCGGCUGGUCCUCUCACACAGCUGUAUUACCAUGGAACCAGCGGAGGGUGAGAUAUGGCCCAGGACUCCAGCCCAGUUUCACAUUGUCUUCAAGCCUGAGGAGGCCAAACUGUACCAACAAACCAUAUAUUGUGAUAUCACAGGCCGUGAAGCUCGGUUGACUCUCACAAUAAUGGCGGAGGGCAUUGGACCUAAUGUCCAGUUCAACUACGACCUGAUGGACAUGCAGAACGUAGUCAUUGGAGACACAGACUAUUAUGAAGUGAAGGUUCGCAACAGAGGACGGAUUGAUGCUCCUUUCAGGCUGUUGAGCCGUGACACCACUUUUGGCCGCUGUUUCUCCUUCUGUCCUGAGGAAGGCGUCCUUCCCUCGGGGGCCUGCCAGAAUGUGGAAGUCACCUUCUGCAGUCACACAUUGGGAACUUUCACAGAGGACCUGCUGCUAACUGUCACAGGACGGCCGCAACCACUUACAGUGACUUUCAGAACUCAUUUUUGGAGAUUGGGAAACACCUCCGUUGUGCCAAUGACCUUUGCCCUUCGUGUCCUGGGGGACGGGUCGGGGUCUCCCAGUAUAACUAGUGCCAAACAAGAGUCCAAAGUGUCCUUGAAGGAUUGGGGAGGCAGUGCUGCCGGAGACCUUCAUGCCAGUCCUGUGGAGUUCAACGUCACACCUGCUGCUGGGUGUGUUCGUGACAUGUCAGAUGUCACCAUUAAGUUUCCUCAGAGCCACAGAGGGACGUUUGGCCGGGUCGAGCCCAGUGAGGGGGAAGUGCCACCCGAGAGCCAGCUGGAGCUGAAAGUAGUGGCUCACCUGAAGGACACACUUCUCUUCCGGGCCAGGAUGGAAGUAUCUAUCCAGAACAGCCACGUGCACACUGUGCUUCUGUCCGCCACCGGCACUGGCACCACAAUUGUCAGUGACAGACCUUUCGCGCCCAACCUUGAUCUAGGUACAUUUUUAGGUAGAAUGAGUAAGCCUUUGCCCUCCUCUGGCAAAGAGAGGCCUGUGUUCAGCCUCAGCCCUUCUCGUGUGGAGCUCGCUCCAGGCGGCUCAGUCGACAUGGUGCUGACAGGAUCUUCAGACUCCCCCAAGGUUGUUCAGGAGCGCCUGGUGUGCCAUGGCUUUGUGGGUCGACAGGGCUGUAGAGAGCUCAUCAUGUGCGUAGAUCUUACCUGUCGCUUUGUGGCUCCCAUGCUCAGAAUUUCCUCCAGGCAGCUGAAAUUCCACCUGGAGAAGGUCCCAGGAGAGAGGCUAAUGCCGUUAUACGAGAAGCUCGUCUUGGAGAAUGUGUUGUCUCUGUCUCUUUCUGUUGAGCUCUCUCUGGUUGAGCCCUUCUCUUUGUGUGAGGCCUCAGGAGCCCACAGCCCGGCUACCACUAAGUCCAUGACUAUAGGUGAUGGGCAGCAGGCUGAGCUGUGGGUGUGCUUUGACCCAACUUACUGUCAGGAUCGGGUGUCACGAGUCGUGAAAGAGAGAGACAGAGAUAGUGGAGGUAGAGGGGGAGCAGACAAAUCCAAAAGAUGGGACCGAAGAAGAAGAAGGAGGAUGGAGUUGGCCCAGAAUGCCUUCUCUGGCCUUUUCGGAUCCACUAGGGCCUGGUGCAGAGUGUUUGAUAUCUUGCCGAUAUUCGGUCAUCUGCAACCUGGUGAGCAGCAACAGGUCAUUUUCUGCUUCUACGGCCACGAGAAUGUCAGCAGCGAGGUGGUAGCACAGUGCCGUCUAGAAGAGGGGCCGACCUAUGAGAUCCGACUCCGAGGAGAGACAUCUUUAAUCAGCUACAGCCUGUACUCCACGCAUAUCGACUUUGGUCUGCAGCCGUUUGAUCAAGAAAGUGAAGCUGAGGUGACGCUAACCAAUACUGGCAAGAUAGGCUUUAACUUCAGCAUCACACAUCUUCAAAAGAAGGAUGAAGAGGCAGAAGAGGAGGCAGGGGGGUUGAGGAAGGCCCUGGAGGAUGAGCAACAUGUAGAAAGACAUGUCAUACCAGGCCGGCCCGUGGUCAUCCCCGCUCCUUUAGGUCAUCUUUGCACUCUUUUGGAUGUGGGAGGUCUGCGUGUGCUCUACCUCCCAGGCACCCCAGAGGUGUUUGAGAGGCAGCUUCAGCUGCAGGUGGCUUUCCUACUGCCGCAGGUCCUCACGCUGACUGGAGAGGGAGUGUUCCCAAGGAUCACCCUUAACUUGCCACAAAACCUGCCAGAGGAGUCUUACAGUGAUUUGGUGCUGCAGGCCAGAAGAGCUGUGGAGGGAGUGGAGCUCAUGAAUGGAACGGCACCUGAUGAACGACAGACAGCCGAAGCCAAACACCACCUCACAUAUAAAAAGCUGCUUCACAUGGAGAUUGAGAGGAUGAUGGUCAAACAGAAUGCCCUCGCUGUGACUGACAGUCUGCUUGAGCUCCGAGAAUCGCAAAGUUCCUUCAUGAAGUGGCACAAACUUAGCCAGUUCCUGCUUCCAGAGUAUGUUUUGGAUUUUGGUUAUGUCAUUCCAGCCAUUCCCCACAGUCACAGUGUAAACGUGACAAACACUGGUACAGUGGCUGUGUCCUUCAAAGCCAGUGUCAAACCUCUAGCUGGAACAGGAUUCAGUACAGACUUUAAAAGAGUAAAAAACCUGCCUUGUGGAGAGACGCAGACUUUUACGGUCAAAUUUGACCCACAAACAGCUGACCUGAAGAUGGGGGAUACAAGUGUUGUCAUGCCAAUACAGGUCGUAGGCGGCCCGACGGUCCAGGUGCGGCUGUGUGCUUUGGUGACUGAGCCGGCCGUCCCUGUUUCAACUGAUACCCUGCAGUUCGACACUGUGCAAUGUGGCAUGUGUCAGAUGAGGACAAUACAGUUGUUUAAUCACAAGUCUGUGCCGUGCUUCUGGAAUAUAGCUGAGAAGGGAAAGCCUAUCAAAAAGCAUCAAAAGGACUUGCAGAUACAACAACCGCCUGCUGUGGUGUUCAAAAUGAUUCCUGGUGAACAGGUCCAUGUCCAGAUAAAGUUCAACCCUGCUGAGGGGAGUUCUUACAACAGGCAGCUACAUGUCUGUGUGGCUGAGAGCAGCCAGCAGCUGUUCAUUACAGCCCAGGGGCGGGCGGAGGAGCCACAUCUGGAGUUCUGCCCGUCUGUGCUGGAGCUCGGGCCAUGCCUGCCUCUCAACACUGACGUCGAGGUCAACGUCACUGUCAGAAACCCCUGCCCUUUCCCUGUUGAGUUCUACUCCCUGGAAUUAGACACACAGUAUUCCGAAGAAGAAAAGAUCCUGCGUCUUGUUAAGGGUUAUGGCGAGAACCGCAUAUUACUGCUGCCCCCCAGAGCCCCUGGAGAAAGUCUUCCCCAGGAACUGCUCGAGUACUACCAGGAGCACGGCUCCCAGCUGAAAGACGAUGCAGGACUGAAACAAGGCCUGGAUGAAGAUGAAGCUGUGAUGGUUGACACAUACGAGGAAAGAGACAGCAAAGUGGAAGAAAUGCAUUCGUUAAGUUUGAAACCAGCUGAAUUACUGGUUUCGGAGAUGACCGUAGUGGGAAAUUCCCAGGCACUGGGGCAGCUCGAGAUGACCCCCGUCUCCAGAGUAAUAGCUCGCCACAUGCGUGUGGAUCUGUCGCCUGAGGGUCUGGCUGCACGCAACCGCAGAGGCAUUGCUAUUAUUGUGUAUGGAGCGCCACUGACAGAUAAUGGCAGCUGUGUGGCAGCUCUGGCCCGUCACUACGGAGGGGCAAGCCUGAGUGUUGAUGCCGUGGUUACCGAGGUGCUCGUCAAUGGAACUUCACCUAUCAGCCAGACUGCGACACAACCCUACGACUGUGCUGCCACCCGCUGCUCCUCGGGGGACCGAGAACACACACUUUACCCGUUGCCUGGUAUAUUUUCUUCUCCUCUGCUCAUCUGCUGCUGCUGUCAACGCAUUGAAGUCCAUGUUUGUAAAUUGAAAAAUUCCUCUACUAAUUUGAGGGGAGGAGAUGUGGACAGUAAUCUGUUGCCUGAACAGCUAUUGGUUGACAUCCUGGCAGAAAGAUUUCAGUUAAGCGACUGUCACCGCGGCAUCGUGAUUGACGGCCUGGAGUCUGUGUAUGCUCAAUCGGCAGCAAGCGUGCUGCAAAUUAUUCUCAAGGCCCUUGAUAACCGCAAACGCAUCUUUGUAGUCAACCUGAGUGACUCGUACGACGCCCUGAAGGCACGAGAGGAAGCACAGAGAGAAGCCAAGGAGGCUCUGGAGAAAGAGAAAGCUGAAAUGGAGGAGCCGUGGUUGCAGGAGCUGGAUGAUGAGGAGUACGACGCUCUGCCCGAGGAGAAGAAGGAGCAUAUUGAUCAGCGACUAACAGAGAAGGAGCUCGGGCAGGAAGAAAAGAGGCUUCAGGAGGAGACGACAAGGCUGAAGGAAGAAGAUUUGAAGAACAACAAAAAGGGAGGAAAAAUGACUCUUAAAGAAGUGUCAAAGGAGAAGAGCACACUGGAGAGGAAGCAGACAACAGCUGCAGUCAAUGUUGUGCCGACGUCUGGCUCUAACAACUCCAAACAAAUACGAGUGGUUGAAAGAGAGCAGCUUCCAUUAAACAAAGGUGCCAGCAGAUCGCAUCGGAGGAAAGAAGCCAAGCGAUUACAAGCAGAAUCUUCUGUGCCUGCAGACAAGCUGGAGGGAGAGAUGCCAAUCCAGUCCAUUGUGGAUGAGCUGCAGUGUCAGUUCGCUGUGUAUGAGCAGACCCAGCAACAGGUGGAUCACAUCUUGCAGCACUGGGACCGAGCCCGGGGCUUGUUGCUGGUCCCGUUGCCUGGUGACGAGGCACCUCCAGUGCCUGAGGAUGCCCCAACAGAGAAACAGACGGCUGUUGGCAAGAAGAACAAGAAACACGGCUCGUCUCCGUUGCCUAGUCAGAUGUCAGUGCCAGCUGCAGCGGACGUGGUGCUUCCACAGGACAUUAUCCCUCACGUUGCCCUGAACAUAACAGGGAAAGACUGUCCGAGUGCUGCGGAGCUGCUAAAAGGCAGCACACUGCCUCCACUGGCCGAGGUGUUGGAUGAUUUGGGUUUGGGACCCAGCGGCCCACCCGUCCCACCACCCACAACGUUCUCUGUGGUUCCUUUUCCUGAAAACAGGGAGCAAUCAAACGUUCAACUCACCUGUAGCUGUUUCACCUUCCUGGUUCCCUUUGGGCUGGACGAACAGGACGAGGAGAAUAAAGAUUGGGUGGAAGAUAUGCGCGCAUCAGUUGUAAAGGAAGGGGCAGGCUUUGAAGGUCGCAUCAAGGCCAGCUUGACAAAAAACAAGGAUAAAAAGACCAGAGAGAGUCAGAAGAGCAAGAGACAAACUUCAGACAAGACAAAGGCAAAGGGCUCUGACCGGUCUUCCUCCCCUCGGUUACCCCUCUCCUCCACACCUGACUGCGCUGAACAGGACCAACACAAAGACAACGUAAAGCUGAAACGUAGCCAGAGUCUGACAACAUUUCGCUGGGUUGUACCAGCUAAUGGCGAGGUGGUUCUGAGGAUCUGGUUCUACUCAGAAUUCCCAGGGACGUUUGAGCAGACCUUCAACUUUGAGCUUUUGGGGACUCUGAGAAGCUACCAGCUCCUCUGCAGAGGAAUUGGCACCUACCCCUCCAUCUGCAAAGACUACAUGACUCUCUUUGCCUAUAGUAAGAAGGUCCCACAAAUGGAAGACGGGCUCCAGAAUACAUACGUGAUCAAACCUGGUACUGAGUUUGGACCAUUGCUCAGUGGCGAGACCAGAGACAGAUACAAAGAAAGGAGACGUCCAGUCAACACAGAGCGACUAGUGAUUCAUAACAUUUCAGGCCUGGAGGCUGAGGUCCAGUUCUAUUUCCAGCAUGAUAGCCAGGCCACCACGUACCUGCUGGACCCGCAGACUAUGACCCUCAAACCUGACCAGAAACAGGAGUUGACAGUGUGGGCGUACCCAACAAAACUGGGACAAAUGACGGACAGCAUUGUGUGCCAUGUCAAGGACAAUCCAGAACUUGUCAACGUCAAACUUUCCCGCCGGGGCGUUCGGCCGGAGCUGGAGCUGGAAAGAAACCAUUGUCACUUUCAAAGGACAUUGCUGAAUAGGCGGGAGAGCAGCAGAGUGACGCUGCAUAACAAGACUGCUCUGCCGGUGUCUUGGAGACUGCGGGGCGUGGAGGCUUUAGGUGAUGAGUUCAGUGUGCCACAGGAUCAGGGCAUUGUUUUACCCAACUCCUCUUACCAACUGAGCUUACACUUCAGGGCCAAGAGGCCACUCCACGUUAAGAAGAUCUUAUAUCUGGAGGUAUCUGAUGUGGGGAUGAUUCUAGGCAUCGUGCAAAAAGAAAAAAUACAGGUCACAGCUGAAGCCUAUGUCAUUGAUUUGGAGAUCACACCAAAUGGCUGUGUGAACUUUGGAACCAUUAGUUUUGAAGAGGCCAAACUGUCUCUCAGGAUGAAGAACCUAGGGAAAUAUGAAAUAGCCUAUAAGUACAAGAUCAUACUUGCAUGUGACCUCAACUUUGGCCCACUGGUCUAUGGCUUCAAGAAAAGCCAGAGCUUCACCAUCCAGAACAAUGGAGACUUUGAGACACGUUUCAUCAUCAGCCGCAUGGCCCCUAACCCUGCGCCACCGGGGAAGGCAGGUGGGAGCUUGCAGCCAGGCGCUCAGCAGGUGGUGACAGUGGACUGUGUGGCUGAGCAGCUGGGAGACUGGAACCAGUGUUUGCUCAUUGACGUCAGUGAGCGUGAUCCUUCAGACCGGCCGGACGGCAUUCCCAGUCAGCUCUCCUCUGAGCAGUUUUGCAAUGCUGAACGCAUUUACAUCCGGGACGAGAACACGUUCAUUUUCAACAAAGUCCUGGUGGGGCAAACAGCCCAGGCCCCCUUCAAAAUAACCAACAACAGCAAGGUGCCCUGUGUGCUCAGCUUGGCAAUUAAGUACAUUGGCUCUAAGACUUCUCGAAUUGCGGAUGUUUUUAAUUUGUCUGCUGCAACGCUGAGCAUCCCCAGGCAGUCACACUUAUUCGCUGUGGUCACCUUCACACCCCAGACGAUGUUGUGCUACAACGCUGUGUUUGAGGCCACAAUGGAGGUAACCAGCAGAAUGACACCCACAUUCAAGAAUAAGGUGCUGGAGUUCAACCUCAGGGGCGAGGGCAGUCUGCCCAGUGUAUGUGUGAUGCGUCCCGCUCUGAGGAACAGCAGAGGACGCCAAAUGCUUCAGUUCAGACGUGUGUUGGUAGGGCGUCGCAAAACACGGCCUCUGGUGCUGCUAAAUGACGGCAAUGUUCCUGCUAAGCAUGGAGUGUUCACCCUCAAAGCGGCACCUGGCAACACAAGCAGCUCCAUCCACUCCACGCAGAUCGAGGCCUCCAAUGACUCAGGGCAUCAGCCGGUGCAACGAGUCAUGCUGAGCCUGAAUGUUCACCAGCAGGUGGAGUUUGAGGUCAGCUUCUGCUCUGACAAGCCUUUGAGUGUCAAGGCUAAGCUCUCACUGCAGGUAGAGGACAACCAGUACGGAAACACCAUGGGCCAGUUGUUCAAAGAAGCUCACCGGGAAAUUGUCUCUCUUGACAACAUCAGGCGGUCAUUACAGGAAAUAGAUCAAGAAAAUCAGGAAAAUGGAGAUGGAGACUGCCAUGUAAAUUGUUCCUAUCAAGAGAAUUUCACAAUGACAAACCACAGCAGCAGCCAGGUAGUGAGGUUUGAGUGGCCUCCUGUUGGAUCCCAUGUCUCCUUUUCACCACAGGUUGGGCACCUUCAUGCCGGUUGUUCCAAGGAAGUGACUGUGACCUUUGCCUCCAAUCAGCCAGUGACUCUUACCAGCCAGCCGAUCAGAUGCAAACUUAGUCAGGUGAAUUUCCAGCAGCCACUCGAGCAGGUGGCCGACUGGGACGACCGGAGGAGGACAUUGCAGUGGCAGAGUUCUCCCAAACAGGCCUCAGGAGCACCACAGCAGCACAAGAAGAAGGUGAUGAAGACGGAUCCUGAACCCUGCUGCUCUGUUGACUAUGUGAAGUUCAGCUGCAGCAACGACACCAUCCACUUCAAAGACAGCAUGCUUUACCAAACCAGGCUCCACCAGUAAGUCUACCACCCUGCAUAGGCUUUUUCAUGAAAGGAAUCAGGGCAACGAGGUAGACCUCAUGUUUGUUUCUGUGUGUGUGUGUGUGUGUGUGUGUGUGUGUGUGUGCCUAGACGACAUAUUUUGUGCAAAUGUGUAAAAUGUGUGUUUCCUGUUCUAAUUGCAACAGUAACUAGAUUCUGUUAAGUGUGUUUUUCUAAUGUAAUUUUCUCACUCAUGUUAAAAUAAAAAAUAAAAAUAUAACUGCAGAAUUUUUUUUGGAGGGUGGGUGGCGCUCAAAGGGGGUCUCGCCAUGGGUGCCAUUCAAUGCAGAACCGCCCCUGCACACAAUCACACAAGCAACAUGCAACACCACUAAUACAACUGAUGUUCCUUUCCACAAUAUACUGUAUGUUCAUACUAAUUCUCCCCUCUGAUUUCACUGUCUUUAUUAUUUAUCGUUGGAGAUUGUGCCCCCCCCUCCUGUAGUCCAGACAUUGGUGGUGGUGGUGAAGAAGGGAGUUGAUGAAAAUGAAAACCAAGGAUGAGUGAAGAAUGCAUGAUAGCUGGCUGGAAGUGCCUUGGGGGGAGGAGGGUCGCAUCUGGUUUUGCACUAAAAUGACACCUGACAGCAACAACGGAGAGAAGCCCUUUAAAGGUUUGACAGCAACAAUAUGAUUGGUUUAGAGACACAGCACCGCCUCUGGUUGGUUAUCUACACCUAGAUGCUGGAAAUCUCAGCUGAUAGCAUAAUGCCAUGAAUAACGCAUGGCAUAAAGGGAGUCUUCCUUCCUUGAACUACCGCUUAAGCUCCAUAACCAGAAAGCGUCAUAUUCCAUGUCUCCAUCAGGGCAAAUUGGUGCAUCCAAAUGUUAUUUGAAAUGCGUAAAUUAUGUAAAUUCUUUGUAAUCAUCCAAAAUAACGAUACGUGCAAUGCAUUGAGUGGGGAACGCGCUGUGCAUUGAGUGGAACGAAUUUGACAGUCACUCACUGGCACAUUUUUUUUCCCCAGUCCGUCCCUGGUGCACAUCCUACUAUGAUGAAGUUAAAAUGUGUAACACGCACCGCGCAAGGGCAUGUUAAGGUCACCCAGCUGUAAUGAUUUUGCUAUUGGCCAGUUUCUGACUUUUCAGAAAAACGCAAGGACACGCACACUCAUGCGUGCCGUUUCACCCCUUCUUGCGUGCAUCGUCAAUUUUUCUAGACUAGGGACAAAAGCUUCGCAAGCCUCACGCAGCCUGCAAGGCUGUGGUUGGUGUAAUGGCAAAAAUAUAUGUAACCAUGGGAAAAGAACUGUUUUUGUAGUGUUUCCCACUGAUAAGAUGUCCCCAGUGUCCUGGCUGCAGAGACUCAACACGUUGAUUGAAUGUAAGCAAGUUUUCUGUUGAUGCCACCUGUAACUGAACUGAGGUACAAGAACCGCCUGGCCCUGAUGUGAAGGGGGAAGGUUCUUGGCAAUCUACUGAGCACGUUGCUGCUGUGACCUUUCUUCCCUUGAAAGGAAAUAAACGGAGAAAGAAAUAUUUGACCCAGAGCCUUUAUUCUUAU